CCCCCGGACGGCCGCCGUAGCGCGUCGCCUCCGUUGCCGUGGGAAACGACCCGGGACCUGGGUGGGAGAAAAGACGUUUCCCGCCGGCGGGAGCUGCGGUUGUGGCGGCAAGGAGAGCUCCGAGGCGGCGGGGACCGGCGCCGCAGCACCAUGGCGGACCAGCUUUAUCUGGAAAAUAUAGACGAGUUCGUCACGGACCAGAACAAGAUCGUGACAUACAAAUGGCUGAGCUAUACGCUAGGGGUUCAUGUUAACCAGGCCAAACAGAUGCUGUAUGAUUAUGUUGAAAGGAAGCGAAAGGAAAAUUCUGGAGCCCAACUUCAUGUCACCUAUUUAGUGUCCGGCAGUCUCAUUCAGAAUGGACAUUCUUGCCACAAGGUUGCAGUAGUGAGAGAAGAUAAAUUGGAAGCAGUGAAGUCCAAGCUAGCUGUGACUGCCAGCAUCCAUGUGUACAGCAUCCAGAAAGCCAUGCUAAAGGACAGUGGGCCUCUGUUCAAUACCGACUAUGACAUCCUUAAAAGCAACUUGCAGAACUGCAGCAAGUUUAGUGCCAUACAGUGUGCAGCUGCAGUCCCUAGAACUCCUGCUGAAUCCUCAUCUUCUGAAAAGUUCGAGCAGACAAAUCUUCAGAUGUCAAGUGAGACACAAGCCAGUAACGAAUUGACCGCCAAUGGUCAUGGCCCACCUACCUCCAAACAGACUUCCCAGCAGCCCAAAGGGAUUAUGGGAAUGUUUGCCUCUAAAGCUGCUUCAAAAAUCCAAGAUGCCAACAAGGAAACCAAAACAGAGGCUAAAGAGGUUACAAAUGCAUCUUCGGCAGGCAACAAGGCACCAGGGAAAGGGAAUGCAAUGAGCAAUUUUUUUGGAAAAGCUGCUAUGAAUAAACUUAAAGUCAAUUUGGAUUCAGAGCAAGCAGUGAAAGAAGAAAAAAUAGUGGAGCAACCUCCAGUGUCUGUCACUGAACCAAAGCUGGCAGCCCCUGCAGGCCUCAAGAAAUCCACCAAGAAAGCAGAGCCUGUUAAGAUGCAACAGAAGGAAAAAAAAAGGGGGAAGCGAGUGGAGUUAUCUGAUGAUGAGACAAAAGAAACUGAAAACAUGAAGAAAAAGAGGAGAAGAAUCAAACUUCCUGAGUCUGAUAGCAGUGAGGAUGAAGUUGUACCAGACUCUCCUGGCGCUUAUGAAGCUGAGUCACCAUCCCCACCUCCUCCUCCUUCUCCAUCUCCGGAACCAGUGCUGAAGACUGAGCCAGAGCCUUCUUCCAUCAAGAGCUCAAAUGGAGAAAACAAAAGAAAACGAAAGCGCGUGCUGAAAUCUAAAACCUUUGUGGAUGAGGAUGGCAGCAUAGUGACUGAAAAAGUCUAUGAGAGUGAAUCCUGCACAGAUAGUGAAGAGGAGCUUAAGAUGAAGACAUCCUCUGUACACAGACCCCCAGCCACAACUGUGAAAAAAGAACCCAAGGAGGAACGAAAGGGCGCUAAGAAAGGGACUGCUGCUCUUGGCAAGGCCAACAGACAAGCAUCCAUUACUGGCUUCUUCCAGAAGAAGUGACUUGCUGUCUCUGUUGGGUCAGAGACGUGGAGUGGUCAAGGGAGAAGACCAAGACAUACGGACUCUCACUUACUGUGUAAGUUCAUCCAGUGCCUCACCUUGCCUGUGUCAAAAGACCGUUCUUCCAUCCUGUAAGGUUUAUACUGCUUCUGGUUUUAACCAAAAGGAAAUCACCUGGAAGCAAGAGGCAAAAGAAUAUUUAAAAAGCUGUUAACUUCUAAUGACAUUUUUUAAGCACAAUCUUUGACCUGUCCAGGAGAAGAAUUUACUCCAAAAAUAAAUUGGAACAGGUUUCAGAGUUAUCACUGAAGCCGUUUAGUGGCUAAUCCACUGCACCCUACCGGCCCUAUGCCCUGAUCUGUUAUGGCUCAGGAAGUCUUCCUCCUUGUUCCUUUGUAUUCUGUGGACUUGUGUGGGUAUUCUUUUAUCCCUGAAUUUUACUGGAUGUGUUUGCCACUCUCCCUAUCAUCUCUUCCCCGCUACCACACUUCUGUGUGAAGCCAUUUUCCGUAAGUCUUUUAAAUCUUGGUUGGACUAAAGGCUGAAACAAAAAUCUCCCUGUAAUCCUCUUUUCCUCCAUUAUGAAGUACACUGACACCAGGCUACAGUGUUCUACCCCUUUCACAAAAGCUCUCUCACUAGACCUUCAUUCACAAUUAGUGGUUAGGGAAAAGCCUCAGGCAGAGCACAAAUAGAAAUGUAAUGAUGUAUUCAUCUCCACCAGAAAUUAUUUAGAGUCAGCAUUGAUGAUAUUAGAGGACUUGUCGUGUUGCUGACACAGGGCAUGCUUUAUACUGCUCUUCAUGAUUUUGUCUCCUUCCUUGUCUCCCUUUCCCACUCUCAGUAUCUAGAGAGUGAAACUCAUACAGUGAAAUGAAGGCUAAAAAGAAAUCCCUUCCUAUAUCCAGUGUACCACAGUUAAGUAAAAUUUCUGCUUCUCAAGGAACCGGAACGUUCAGAAACAACAAUUUUCCAGGAAGGUAAUAGGAAGAGAUAAAGCACACCUUUACAUACAGAUGUUCCUCCUCUGUAUUUUUAACUCUCUCAUUUGCCUAGAAGUACAGACUGUCCAAGAAGAGAUGCAGAGACUGAGUUGUUGGUAAUCUAAACGCAAAUAAAACAUUUUCAUUUGUUA